UUUCAGACCAAAUUCACAUUGUCAUUGCAGACACAUGAGUUGCAAUAUCAGUUUUGAGAGCGCAUUGCUUUCCCGCUUUUUUGCUGCAGGACUGCCAUAGUCACAAGGCUUGGCAUGUGCCUCUGCUGUGCUCUAGUCUCGUCUGCUCUGCUCUGCUCUCAAUGGUCCGUCUCUUCUGCAGUGGAGAGUGGUGGAUGGUCAGCUGCUGUUGAUUGGGCCCUGCGUCUGACCGGCAACCCCUCCCCCUGGGCUCUUUGAAAUAGCAUAUAAAUGCAGGCGAGCCGGCCGGCUGGACAGCCCUUGUCCAGCCCAGUCGGAGAUGUCAGGGGGAGCUGGAGCAGGGGGGACAACAUGGGGCCUCUGGGAAUAGCCAUCUUCAUACUGCUGCUGCUGACAGCGGGAGAAGCGAAUGACGGUGAGGUCCAGGUGUGGACGUGUGGGUACAGAGGACUCUGCAGAAAGUACUGCUAUGCCCAGGAGUACAUGGUUGGAUACCACGGCUGCCCUCGCAGAUACAGAUGCUGUGCUUUGCGUUUCUAACAGAGGUUGACAUAAUGGCAGUCCACAUGGAACGCUGCCUCUCCCUUCUCAAACCAAUUCUUGACUUGUUGUUUGCUGUGUUUGCAUUUCAUUUCAUAGUUAGUUCAAUUGAAAUCAAAAUUUAGUUUCAAAUCAAAGUCAAAUCGAUUAAUUCCUCAUUUAAUUGCUUUGUGGCUCCUGAUUUGGAAAUCGACUGACAAGGAGCGAAGAACGUUGUAACAGUUCAUCUGUA